AUGAAGUCUGCAGAAGUCGAGGACAGAUCGCUGUUUACAGAGACGUACUGCAAAAUCUGCAAUGCGCAGUUAAUAUCGGAGUCUCAGAGGGUGGCACAUUAUGAGAGCAAGAAACAUGCCAACAAGGUCCGGCUUUAUUACAUGUUACACCCAGAGGACGGGGGACCUCCAUCGAAAAAACUUCGUCCAGACGACCCAGAAAGUGAUGAGACAGAAGUGGACAAAAAUAAAUGCUGCACCCUCUGCAAUAUGUUCUUCACCUCCGCAAUUGUAGCCGAAUCCCACUAUCAGGGGAAGACUCAUGCAAAAAGGGUUAAACUGGUGCUCGGAGAAUCAGUGGACGUUCCUGUCCGAGCAGAACCCGUGCAAGAAAACACAGAACCCACGGAGGUCACCAUCCAGGAAGAAGACACUUUAUGGAGCAUCAACAUUGGGAGUGAGUCUCGGAAAUUCUGCGACCUCUGUCGAGCUUGGUUUAACAACCCAAUGAUGGCUCAGCAACAUUACGAAGGGAAGAAACACAAGAAAAAUGCGGCGCGGGCAAAACUUCUACAAAGGCUUGGUGAAACCUUGGAUUCCGAGGCACUGGAAGCUUUACGGAGCAGCUACACCUGUAACACCUGCAACAUGGUCCUCAAUUCAGUGGAGCAGUAUCAUGCACACCUGAAGGGCGCACGGCACCAGAACAAUGCAAAUAACAUCUCAGAUGGAACCAAAUUAAAUGGGCAAAGGGAUCUACAGAAUUCUGCAGAGAGACAGAUGCAGCCAAGGAUCAACUAUCACACAAGGAACAACAUGCAAAAGAGAAUGGCUAAGGAGGUGGGAAAGGACAAUGACAGCGGGAGAAGCUCUCUUAGUCCACCGCAAGUCACAGAAGACACAGGGGAAUGUUCUCCAGAAAACACCUUCUUCUCCAUUAUAGUCACAGAAGAAAGUCACAUCCUGUGCUGA